AUGGAAACCGCAUCUCGCUCGACCGAUCGCGAUCUUGAACCCGGCGGCGACAAUGCCUUUGAAGUCCGCUGGGACGAGCACGACACCGAGAACCCGCACCGUCUGACCGCGCGGCGCAAAUGGGCGAUUGAGCUGCUCAUCUGCUCGACGACGCUCUGUAUCACCGUCACCAGCUCGUUAUAUGUCAGCACUCUCCACCAGACCAUGACCGAGCUCCACUGCUCGCGCAUCGUCGCCACUCUGGGCUUGAGCCUGUUCAUCGGCGGACUCGGCUGGGGCCCGCUGGUGCUCUCGCCGGUGUCCGAGUUCUACGGUCGACGCCCCAUCUAUCGCAUCUCACUGCCGUUGUUCGUCCUCUUCCUGGUGCCCUGCGCCGUUGCCCGCAACAUCGAGACCCUGCUCGUUGCGAGGCUUUUGACCGGACUGGCGGGGGCGGCGUUCACUUCGGUCGCGGGCGCCACGGUGGGUGAUAUGUAUACCAAAGACCAACUCCACUUUCCGAUGCUCGUGUACACGGCGUCGCCCUUCACCGGAUCGAGUUUCGGACCGAUGGUGGGAGGACUGAUCAAUUCGUUCGCCUCAUGGCGUUGGUCGUUCUAUACCCUCCUGAUCUGGUCCUCAAUCCAAUGCCUCCUCGUCCUCUGCUUCGUGCCCGAGACCUACCAUCCGGUCCUCCUCCGUCGAAAGGCCCGUCGCCUGCGCAAGGAGACGGGGGAGGAGCGGUGGCAGGCGCCGAUUGAGCGGUUGGAUCGGUCGAUCUUGAUGACCGUCAUCCGCUCGCUCUACCGCCCCUUCAUGCUCCUCCUCCUCGAGCCCAUGUGUUUGAACCUCUGCAUCCUCUCCGCGAUCGCCUUGGGCAUUCAAUACCUCUUCUUCGGCUCAUUCAAGGUCAUCUUCGGCACGGUGAACGGAUGGGGGCUCUGGCAAUCCGGCCUGGCCUUUGCAGGAAUCACCGCGGGGAUGAUCGCCGCCGUCGCCGUAGAUCCCUGGUGUCGCAGACUAUACACCCGCAUGAUCCCCUCCACCAUCGACGCCACCGAUCCCGAGCGCCGCCUCCCCCCCGCGGUAAUUGGCGCGCCGCUUCUAACCAUCGGUCUCUUCUGGUUUGCAUGGACAGCAGUACCCUCCGUGCACUGGUCCGUGCCUAUCAUCGGGAGUUCCCUCUUCGGCGCAGGAAUGAUCCUUGUCUACGCGGGGGUCUUCACCUUCCUCGUCGACGCGUAUUCCGUGUACGCGGCCAGCGCGUUGGGGGCGAAUAGUUUCACGCGAAGCACCUUUGCGGCUGCGUUUCCGCUCUUUGGGUAUCCGAUGUAUCGAACCCUGGGCAAUCCGUGGGCGACCUCGUUGCUGGCGUUCUUGAGUCUGGUGAUGGCACCGUUUCCGUACGUGUUUUUCCGAUACGGAAAGAAAAUUCGACGGAAGAGUCGGUUUGCUACGCGGAAAUAG